AUGGAGGCUGUGGCAAAACACGAUUUUACUGCAACUGCUGAUGAUGAGCUCAGUUUUAAGAAGAAUCAGGUCCUCAAAAUACUUAAUAUGGAGGACGAUAUGAAUUGGUAUAGAGCCGAAUUAGACGGAAAAGAAGGUUUAAUACCUAGUAACUACAUACAGAUGAAAAGUCACAGCUGGUACUAUGGUAGGAUCACAAGAGCUGAUGCCGAGAAACUGUUAGCAAAUAAGCCCGAAGGUGGCUUCCUCAUUAGAAUCAGCGAGUCAAGCCCUGGAGACUUCUCACUAUCAGUCAAAUGUCCGGACGGCGUCCAACACUUCAAGGUCCUAAGGGACGCUUCCAGCAAGUUCUUCCUGUGGGUGGUGAAGUUCAAUUCACUGAACGAGCUGGUCGACUAUCACCGCACAGCCUCGGUCAGCCGUCUGCAGGACGUGAAGCUGAGGGAUGUGGUCCCUGAAGAGAUGUUGGUGCAGGCGUUGUACGACUUCACGCCUCAAGAGGCCGGUGAGCUGGAAUUCCGCCGCGGUGACGUCAUCACCGUCAUCGACCGCUCCGACCAGCACUGGUGGCAGGGCGAGAUCGCUCACCGGCGCGGCUUGUUCCCGGCCUCCUACGUCACAGCCUACCACUCAUAG